UAAGGCUCAAAGUUCCGGGUGGCGGGGGAUGCCAGGGAGAGGGCAGCAUGGCCAGGCCACUGCUGCCGCGCGAGUCCGCGAGGUUCGUGGCAGAGAACAGUCGCGACGUGCUCGUGGACCGCGAGGGCGUGCGCCGGGCGGCCGAGCUGCUGCUGCCCGCGGCCUCGGCGUGGCGCGUGGAGCAGUGGAAGGCCCUGCACGAGCUCAACCCGCGCGGGGCGGACGAGGCUGCGCUCGACUGGGUGUUCGUGGUGGACUCGCUCAACUUCUCCUUCUGGGCGGAGCAGGAGGAGCGCAAGUGUGAGGUGCGGUACGGCGGGACGGCGUACACCGGCUACUGGGCUUUGUGCGCCGCCGUUAACCGGGCGCUCGACCAAGGGAUACCAGUAACUAGCGCCUCCUACUAUGCCACAGUGACACUUGAUCAGGUUCGGAAUAUAUUUCGCUCAGACACAGACGAGCCCAUGCCUUUAAUAGAAGACAGGCAUAGGAUUCUCAAUGAAACUGGGAAAAUUCUGCUGGAGAAGUUUGGAGGCUCUUUUCUUAAUUGUGUCCGAAAAAGUGAAAAAAGUGCACAGAAGUUAAUGAACCUGGUUGUUGACAAUUUUCCUUCUUACAGAGAUGAGGCACAAUUUGAGGGGGAAAGGGUCGCCUUUUACAAACGCGCGCAGAUUCUCGUGGCAGACACAUGGAGUGUGUUGGAAGGAAAGGGGGAUGGCUGCUUUGAUGACAUCUCCAGCAUCACCAUGUUUGCCGAUUACAGACUGCCUCAGAUCCUUGUUCACCUUGGAGCCCUGAAAUACUCCGAAGACUUACUGCGGAAGCUUCUCAAAGGAGAAAUGCUUUUAAAUGGAGAUAAACUAGAGGUGGAAAUUAGAGGUUGCUCGAUUUGGUGUGUCGAGCUGAUCCGGGAUUGUCUUUUGGAGCUUCUUGAAAAAAGAGGUGAAAAACCUGUUGGUGAGAUCAAUUCUGUUCUUCUGGAUUACCACUUAUGGGACUACGCCCGAGAUCACAGGGCAGACAUGAAAGGAAUCCCGUUUCAUCGCACACGCUGCAUCUACUACUGACCCUGAAAGGAAAUAGACGCAGUGGAAACACUUGCACUUUUAGAUCACACAGUCAUUUGCACAACUUUGAUUUGAUAUAAAGAUAGAAAUUAGACUGGGCGUGGUGGCACAUGCCUUUAAUUCCAGCAAUCAGGACCCAGAGGCAGGUGGAUCUCUGUGAGUUCAAGGCCAGCCUUUUUCUACAGAGCGAGCUCCAGGACAGGACAGCCAGGUUGCACGAAGAAGCCCUGUCUUGAAAAACAAAAAAAAAAAAAAAAAAAAGAAAAAAGAAAAAAGAAAGUACAGGAAUAGAAAUUUUUUUUUUUAAAGAUUUAUUUAAUUAUGUAUACAAUGUUCUGCUUGCAUAUACACCUACACGCCAGAAGAGGGCACCAAAUUUCAUUAUAAAUGGUUGUGAGCCACCAUGUGGUUUCUGGGACUUGAACUCAGGACCUCUGGAAGAGCAAGCAGUUCUCUUAACCUCUGAGCCAUCUCUCCAGCCCCCAGGAAUAGAAAAUUGACUGCCCAGUCUCUGUUCUUCGUUUUUUCUUGAUAUAUUAUAGUGUAUUCCCAUAAUCAUGUUGUAUAAUCUUCAAUAAUAUCCAUGUCUUCAGUUGGUAGCUUUUCUCAACUGGUCAUUUGUAUUUUCUUUUUUUUUUUUUUUUAUGGUCCAGGGACCAACCCUGUGACCUUGUAUGUGCUAUGCAAGUGUUCUAACACUGAGUCACACUCCCAGAUUAGUUCUUUUCUAUAUGCUGUAAUAAUUUAAUGCUAAAUAAAUAGUCUUUGGUAUAUAAA